AUGCUUGGGCAGACGGAGGCAUUCCCGCAAAACGAGUGGGCGGGCUUGCCCCUUAGAAGUAAUGGAGAAGAGACGCGGUUGUGGGACUUUGUUGACAGAUCACCAGCACAAUGGAUAAAGGAUAAUAUACGCAGCAGAGGCCUCAGCUUGCCACCCAGGAGAGAUCGACAACAGAGGCGCAGACAGGCUCUGACAUUGAUGGCAUUUGGUACCCUUGCAGUAACUUAUGCGGUCCUCCGAUGUGCUAUUCAACGAUUCCCCAAUAGGAAGGCAGGCGAUGAACCGAGGUCUCUCGUUGGGGGAAAGCGGGUCCAAGCACCGGAGGCUUGCUUGGGGGUCCGGGGUUCUGGGUUUGAGAAGCGAGGCGCGCGGAGUGAAAAGCCGUCAGAUGAGGAGUUACAACAUAGGGCUUCGGGCUUUAUGAACUCGUUCGUGAGGAUCAUGAAGGCCAACGAACCUGUGUUGGCUCAAAUCCCUGUGCAUAAGCGGAGUAAAAUUCUCUCACUUCUCCUCACCCUGGUUGUGCAAGAGUUGGCCGCAUUAGCAACAGUUUUAGACGACUCUUCACGGGAUACUCUAGUACAAACGGUUCGAGAGGUGGGCAUCGUAACGAACCGCUUAGGAACGACAAUUACUAGAAGGACGGGAGGAGCUUGUUCGCGCCGCCUUCAGCUUUUCCUCGGCAAGGUUCUUCGACGCCUUGAGCUGUCAGGGCCUCAAGGUUCACUUUUGCCUCGCACCGAGCGUCUUCAGAAGCUAAGUGACCUCCUCCGUUUACAGGAAGUGAUGCUGGUGAAUCUUAGAGAGGUGUUCGACGACCUUGUGAAGGGGUUUUCCGCCGGGGGCGAUCCCAGUGAUGACGACUUGAACGCAGCGAAAGAUAAACUGGGUGAUUUGCUUCACGUUAGGAAGGAACAGAUAUUUCUGGAUCCUCAACUCAGUUGGUGGCUGCUUGACGGCGAAAACCAAACCAAGCGUUUCGCUGUUGCCUCGUCAGCUCAUGUCCAGCUCCUUCGUCAAAGACGACCCCCGACUGUUGAGGAGAUGAUCGAGGAGCUGACGACUCUUUCAGCCAGACGGCGUGAACAACGCGUAAUAAGCCAACAGUCAACACUAGCGGAUGCGUCAGAGGCCUACGCCCCUGAACGUGCUGACCUGACAUCCUCAGGAAGUGGCUCGCAGGCAACUGAACUGCCCAGGGGUCUCUUUACAGAUCCGCUGAUGUCUGGUCAGCUCUUCCAGUGGUCUUCGGUGGAUGCACGCAACUUGACCAGAGGCUACAACCGCGAGGAGCCUUUGGAGGACGUCUUCUUCGGCGCAGCGUUAGGAGAGCCCACUCCGAUGGCAGAAACCCAGGAGAGCAAUGCGGAAGAAGCCAUCUCUAGCCCUUUCAGUUUACCUGACAUGUUUGACUACCUGAGAGGAAGGCUUAGCACGUCACCUUGA